UUUUAGUCUAUUACAAAGUCUUCAUCCUCCUUUUUAUUUUCCACAGACUUUCAUUAGCUUUUGCAAAUGUUUGCAUCUCUCUGCUAUUCAUUCUUGCUUAUAUGUACAACAUACUUGUCUUCGUAAACUCAGUUCAUUCUCAGCUUUAUCUGUACAUAUCUCCGGCAUCAUGCAUGCUAAACUCCUUAGAGCUCGCCAAUUUUUUUCAAACCCCAUCAGUAUAAUUGUCUGGAUCCUUUGCUUAUCAGUUUUCAUCCCAAGACAUAAUGCUAAAGUUGAUCUUGACAUGUACAACAACUGUAGUAAGCCAACUACUUCUCCAUGUGGCACACCUUUAGGAUGGGGAGUUGAUUACCCUUUCUGGGUUGAUGAGAUUCGACCUUCGUAUUGUGGUCUUGAAGGAUAUAAGCUCAGCUGCAAAGACGACGGCCUAGUUGUAGAUUUAGCUUCCGAUAUCAAGUAUAAUGUAGAGGCCAUCGAUCCGUUUAAACAUACGAUAGAUUUAAAUUUUUUGGAGAAUCCUCUCAAGUCUAUCUGUGAUGCAAGUUCCAGCUCAAAUCAAGAUACAGAACAUAAUCAUCCGCUGCUCUCCUCCCGUGAGAACUCCGAAGUUAUCUACUUGUUCUACAAUUGCAGUGAUCCAGCUCAAACAACCUCAUUUAACGCGAAUUUCAGAUGCGGGAAUAAAGACCCGGUUUAUUUCUUCCGAGAUGAGUUAUUUGCGCAAGCUCAGAAAAAUCUUAGCUCGUGUAAUUACACUUGGCUUCCGGUUAAUAAGUGGUUGUUUGAAAAGUUCAUAUGGGACCCGAACCCAGCACAGCAAGCAGCAGAAAAGCUUUUCGAGGGGAGCUUUGAGGUUUACUAUAAUGUAGAAAACAAUCAAGUCUGCAAAGAGUGUUAUGAACAUGAUGAUGGAGUGUGUUGGAAAGACACAUAUGUAGGUAGCAAAGACCCAUGCCUUUAUCGACGACAAUCAGGUCUGCCAUAUCAACAACAAUCAGGAAGUAAAAAAAGUAAAGGACUUAUUAUUGGUGCAGCAAUUGGUGGAGUAGGUAUUUUAUUGUUCCUGAUGGCUGUCGUCUUCAUCCUGUAUCGCCGCAAAAAUCCUAAGCAAGUUUCAUAUGCUGUUUCUCGGAAUGUUUCUUCUUAUUCCUUCUCAAUGUCCGAUUCUGAGAAAGGGAGCGGUACCUACAUGGGAGUCCGAACAUUCUCCUACAAUGAACUUGAAAAGGCUACCAACAAUUUUGAUGCUAGCAAUGAACUUGGCGAUGGAGGUUUUGGGACGGUUUAUAAAGGCAAGCUGCAAGAUGGGCGUGAGGUUGCUGUGAAGCGACUGUACGAGAACAGUAUGAAGAGAGUUGAGCAAUUCAUGAAUGAGAUUGUGAUUCUCACUCAGUUACGUCACCCAAACCUGGUGGUUCUUUAUGGAAGCACAUCUCAGGAGUGCAGAAAACUUUUACUUGUAUACGAAUACAUACCUAAUGGCACGAUUGCUGAUCAUUUAUACGGAGAGGAUGCAGAGCGAGGGAAGCUUACAUGGAAAACAAGAAUGAGUAUUGCCAUACAAACUGCAAGUGCAUUGUCAUAUCUUCAUGUUUCAGACGUCAUCCACCGCGAUGUGAAGACUACAAACAUUCUGUUAGACGACAAUUUCCAUGUUAAGGUUGCAGAUUUUGGCUUGUCACGCUUGUUUCCUGUGCACGCCACACAUGUCUCAACUGCUCCACAAGGUACUCCUGGAUAUGUGGAUCCCGAGUAUCAUCAAUGCUACCAGCUCACAUCCAAAAGUGAUGUUUAUAGUUUUGGCGUUGUUUUAAUUGAGCUCAUUUCGUCAAAGCCUGCUGUUGAUAUCACCAGGCAUAGGCAUGAGAUUAACUUAGCAAACUUGGCUAUUAACAAGAUUCAAGGCAAUGCACUGCACGAGCUUGUGGAUCCAAGUCUAGGAUUUGAAUCGGAUUAUGAGGUAAAAAGGAUGAUCACUGAAGUGGCCGAGUUGGCAUUUAGGUGUUUGCAAAAUGACAGGGAAUUAAGGCCGUCAAUGGAUGAAGUGCAUAAAUCUUUGAAGGAAAUCCAAAGCAGAAACUAUUCUGGAAAACAUGAGACAGAACACAAUCUUUCUGCAGACCACGUUUCGUUGUUGAAGAACUAUCCCCAAAAUCAUUCUCCGGAUUCAGUGACUAUAAAAUGGGGUAGCAAUUCAACAAAUACCAGUUCAAGCAACUAAGCAUUCCUCCAUUUUUUACAUGUAUGAAGGCUGUUCCUAUGUUUUGUUAGCUAAUAGUUGAAUUUUGUAUUUUAGUUUGAAAACCAGAUGUUCUGUUAGUUUAUGUACAUAUAUUAUAGCAACUGUAUUGUCAACACAUACUACUGUACCUGUAUAAUCUACUAUACUUCCUUUAUAUAUAGGAUCCGCUUCUGGAU